AUGGCCACCGAAAUGCGAGAAACUUUACCUGCCAGCAUGGCCCCGGCAGCCCAGGAGCCGGCGGGCGCCGAGCCAUCCCCCAAGGUCCCACCAACUGAAAUACCUGCAGUUGCAUCAAUCGAAGCGCUUGCGGUUGCAUCAGCAGAGGCGCCUACUGAUGCCUUAGAACUAGCUAGGAAUACGGCACCGCCAGCUGGCGAAAUCUCUCUGGCGGAACAUGCCCCACCGGCUGAAGAUACCAAUACACCGGAUACUCUCUUCCGCCAAUCCAUUGCAGAUGUAAAUGCCAGUCAAGGUGAUCCCAGCUGGGGUCCAAUCAUUGACAUCGUACCCCCUCUGGCCAUGAGUGAGAUUGGAGAUGAUGACAAUCAUCAAUCUGGCGUCGAAGGCUCUUUGCCAAGCGCGUUGUUUGUCAUACCCUUUCCAGCACCGGUCAACUCACAUCGCGCAAAGAACACUCCUCCUUUCUUGAUGUACUCACCGCCCAGGUCUGUGUAUCAAAAACCGCCCAAGACAGAGGAUGGCAAGCGACCUAAAGAGAAAAUUAUGAAAAAGGUUGUCCGAAUGUGGCAAGAAGAAGUUGUUAUGGGGGAAAAAAUUAAACGUGGCGAAUUGGAAAACCCUGGCCGUUUUAAGAAGAUACGAGGAGGCUGCAUUCGGGUGGCUUCGUCUAUUAACAAAUGGCUACCUAACAGCUGCAUUGAGACGCUGGGUCGCCUGCCUCCGAAGCGCAAGCUGGGCGGAGUGACUAUCAUCCAUCCAUCGUUCAGUCAAACUCUUGAGGAAACAGAAGCCGAGGAUCAAGACAGGCCGUAUCAGCCAACGUCCGAUGAACUACUUAACGAUAUAGGCGUUUUGCUUCGAAAAACACGCAAGCGUGUAUUGACUCGAGCCAUUCUCUCCGGUAUGCUGCUGCCGAUCAGCUUAGGAAUUGACGUGUUUGCACCCGUAUUCGCAUUCGAAAUCAACAUGACUUAUUUUGCCUUCCAGCUUUAUGGCCUCAAGAAAUGCAACGCGCUGACUGCGGCACCGAAGAAGCAGAAAAACAAGCGUGCGAAGCGAUUCAAGCAGAAAGGUACAAGCACCUCAGAGGAAGCUACCCUUCUAGUUGGUAAUUCCCCCGCCCAAGUACCUCACGACCAGCCACAACCAGAUAGCCCCGAAGAAAUUUUUCACUUGAAACCGGUCGUUCAACAUUCCCUCGAUCCCAUAAUGGUGCUUCUGUACAACAUAUGUGCCAAAAUCGACCCUGUCAGUUUUCCUCCUCUGGUCACCGGUGAAGCUCAAGGUAUCAAUUUGGAUAGUCCACCUUCUUCUCAGGCAUCCACGCUUCCACCCAGUCUUAAAAAGCCAGGAGGCGCGGUAGUCAAAGAAAUGAUCGAAGCUUUCCGAGAAACGCUCCCGCCAGAGGUAACGGAACGAUAUUUACUUGACGAAGAGAGGCUGUCGGAGGAUCUGGCUCGAUAUCUUAAAAAGGCCAGCAAGGAAUACAUCGAGUCUUUGAGUGGACGGGGAAGCAGGAAGGGAGUCAUCCACCGGGUCAAGACGUGGAAGCAAAAUUCCUCUAGCAAGAAAGAACAGAAGGCGGAAAAGUCCCGCCUCAAAAAGCAGGCAAAGAAGCAGAGGAAGGAGGCUAAACAACACACCGAACCCUCUGCUCCUUGA